CUGCGUGUGUAACAGUAGGUGUGUGUGUGUAUCAUUGCACACUUCCUGUGGUAUAUUUAUGACCAGGGCUGCGAUUUCCGGUAGCUGAUACGAGCUCUCUCUGUGUCUCAGUGUCUCUCUCUCCCUGAGCAUUUAAUAUCACCGCGCAGAGGAGGAGGAGGAGGAGGGGGAGCCGCGCACACACACACACACAAAGUGGGGGGUGGAGGAAGAGGAGGACAGAGGGAGAAGCCAGGGACAGGGGAUCAGAGCCACCUCCCCCCUCCCCACAGGCACACAGCCCCCUCCCCACUAGCCAUCCCAUCCCCCCAUCCAAUACAGGGACAUAGAGCACAGCCUGCCCUCACCCCACAUUCCUAUGGACAGACACCUGCAGGGCGGAAAGGAGCUGUUGAUCCUAUAACAUGGAGGAUUGCCUUCAUACUUCUUCUGAAAAUCUUUCCAAACUGGUCAGCUGGGCUCAUAGCCAUGGGACCAUAUGCAGCCUCAUUCCAAAUCUAAAGCACUUGCUUUCAGAAGGUUCCCAUGGGAACCUCACAGCUAUGUGGGGCUGUAGUGCAGGCCAUGCUUACCACUGGCCACUGACUGCAACCUGCCGGGCUGGGUCGCAGGAAAGAGGGUGCUUUCAAGACAACAGGAGCUUUAACUCAGACAGUCCCAGCAUUAUUGGUGUGCCAUCAGAGACACAGCCCAGCCCUGUAGAGCGAUACCCUGGAAGACCAGUGAAAGCAAAGUUGGACUGUAACAGAACCAGAGACUCCUGUGACUUCUCUUACUGCAGUGAGCCCUCUGAGCUGGGUGAAGCUGUGGAAGAAUACGAAGAUGAAGCUACUCUCUUUGACAUGGUUUGCGAGUCCUCAGUGACAGAUGAAGAUAGUGACUUUGAACCUCAUCCCCAAAGAGCGCAAAACGUUUCCCGGAAAAGGUCUGCAGUGGGACCGUCAUCAACAACCCUUUCAGGCUCCCAACCUCAGGUCAUUGAUGAAAGCACCAAUGAUGUGAUAGUUAAAAAAAUCAAGCAAGAAAUCCCGGAAGACUAUUACAUUGUGGCCAAUGCAGAACUUACUGGUGGUGUCGAUGGACCUGCACUCUCAUUGACACAGAUGUCCAAGCCCAAGUCUCAGACUCAUGCUGGGCCUUCCUAUGUUGGUCCACCUAAGCCCAGCCCCCACACAAUGCCUUCUCUCAGUGCUGAUCUAGACUUGCAAAACUUGUCUGUAUCUCCACCCAUUUUAUCGAGGCCUGCUGUUCAGAAGCCUGCUAGGGUAACUCUGGCUUCACCAGCCAGAGGACCAGCUAGUACCCCUACAGCCAACCAGCAGGUUGCCCUUCAGAUGCCAGUCAGUAGUUCCAAUACCAGCAAACAAAUUAGUAUUCCUUUGUCAGCCCUGCAGCUCCCAGGACAAGAAGAGCAAGCAAGCUCAGAAGAGCUGCUCCAGCCUGUGCCAAAUCAGGUUCCAACCUGUGAAGUAGCAUCAUCUCCUUCUGUUAGCGCAGAGCCAGAAGUCAGCUCUAGUCAACAGCAGUCCAGCACUGCCCCUACCAUCACCACUGAGGCCACAGCCCAAUCAGUACCAGACCAGGAUGAAAGAGCAGCAGAACUCAGCAGGGAGCAGAAUGAGAAAACCAUCCGCAGCACACAAACCGCACUUCGCAACUUCAGAGAAUUUCUCAUUUCCAAAUAUCCAUCUGAGACACGGGAAAUCUAUGUCAUCCCUUGCAAAGAGCUUGACGCAUACCUAGCUUCUUUCUUUGUAGAUGCCAGGCAGAAGGAUGGGUCAGAAUAUGAACCAAAUAGCUUGGCCAACUACCAGUGUGGGCUAGAGCGGUACCUCAAAGAGCACAGGUAUGGAUACAGUAUUACCAGGGAUAAGGAGUUCAAGAGGUCUCAAGAAGCUUUGAAGCAAAAGCAGAUAGAGCUGAGGUGUAAAGGUAAAGGGAACAAGCCACACAAAUCCAUGAAGCUUACCUUUGCUGAUGAGCUUAUCCUACGCAAACGAGGCUUGUUGAGUCGGUAUAACCCUGAGGGGUUGCUGAAUCUUGUCUGGCUAAAUAACACUAAGGCAUUUGGACACUGUACAGGUUUCCAUGGGUCCACCCUCAAAUGGGGGGAUAUCAGGCUCCGGGUGACAGAGACCGGACUGGAAUACUUGGAGUGGAUGGGGCCAGAUAAUGGAGAUGUGAAUGCCAAAAGCAAGAGAGGAGGGACAGAUUCCCGGGUGUACGCCACACAGCAUUCUCCACAAACCUGUCCAGUGCAAGACUACAAGGAAUAUGCUCAAAGGCGGCCACCUGCCAUGCGAUACGAAGACGCUCCUUUCUACCUGUCCAUCAAGCCAGUUGUCAACCUGGCUGCCCUUCACUGGUAUAAUUGCCAAGCCUUGGGGAAAAACAAGCUGGCAAAGAUGGUGAAGACAAUGUGUGAGAAAGGCAACAUACCUGGCAGAAAGACUAAUUUCAGUGUCUACCAGAGCUGCAGUACCCUGUCUGAAGCACAGAGCAACCAGCUGGUGCUCAUCUGUAACAAUUUAAGCCAGCAAGCAGCUCAGUCUAUGGCAAGCCACUCCAACCCUGGCAACUUCAUAGUGUCAGCUUCCUAUGACUCUUCCUCUGACACUGCUUGAAAGGUGGAAAAAUGACAAUUCUAGAAUCCUGGAAGACAUACUGUGAUAAAUUCAGCUAGAUGCUGAUGCUCAUUGUUUCCAGUUGAAAAAAGGGAAGUGAUGCGUGAAUAUGGAGGCAAAGGUUGGCCCUUAGAGACUUUAAAUCCUGACUGUUACCUUUCAACCUGUUUUACUUUGCAGUGUGACUGCUCAUUAAGCACAAGGAAGAUACUAACAAAUACUGUGUUUCCAUAGAACCAUUAUAAUUCUUGACCUUUAUAAUUACAUGUGAUCGUUUCUCUGGGAAUUGAACUGAAUUUGUUCUGCAUUGCACAUUAAAAUGUUUUUGCUAAGGUUCCCUAGCACUGCAAAGAUGAGACUUUUGAGAAACACACCUGCAGCAUGGGCUGAAGCCCAUAGAAGUCCAUGAUAGUCCAGCUACUGAUUGAAUGUGUGCUGGAGCAGGCCAUAGAUGAGCACGCUGGCUGCUGGGAUUUAUUUACAUUCUAGUUUGGGGGUGAAGUUGUUGCUUAAAUUCUUUAAAUUUACAACUCUGUCAGAAGGUCCCCUCGAGCCAAAUAACUGUUCCAGCUAGAUGGGCCAAGGCACACCAAUCGUCUAGUCAGUGGCAUAAAGAAAUGAUGCAGCUAAUAUCAUAUCUAGCUGCUGUUGCUUCCCCAGUCUGAAUGACCAGGUACCCAUCUACACUGGUUUAGCUGGGCACAGCCUUUUGGCAGUCAGGAGCAGGGUUUGUGAACUCAUGACUCUGGAGCCAUAGCCAGACAUUUUUUACUGCUCUGUCACCACACCACAGCACAAGUGUCUAGUGCAUUUAAUUAAAAUCAGGGGGCAAGAAAGAGUCUUACUACCCCCCAGAAGAUGUAGUAACAGCAACUAAAGGUUGUCUCAGGGCUGGUCAGUGUUAUGAAACCUGUGUGGUUGAACCUAGGAUUAUUGUCUCUGUAUUGUUUGGUGGCAUGAUUUCCCCCAUCUUCAUAGCAUUCUCUUGAAGCUUUUCCAGUUUGUGUUGAAAAGUCAUUUUCAUCCUGAUUGGCCCCUUACAGCUCAAUGCAAAAGCAUGCUUCCAGAAACUCCAUGGACCUAUUGAUUUCUAUGGGUGUUGCAUUUUGGAUUCAUCCCUACUCUUUACUCUGCCUGUGAGGAAUUAAGAUAUAAUCAAAGUAUCUCUUAAGGAGGAACAUGUUUUGCAGAAUGCUCUGAGGGAGCUAAAACAAGUCACUUGUUCUUUGGUUUUCAGUCCAUAAGGCAUGCUAUGUCCUGAUAGCUCCCAUUCCCAUUCCUGUUUGUCUGCUUGGCAUAUCUUAAUUUAUAUUUGGGUUCAUGUCAUACUUGGGGUGAGCUAAUGGCUCCAGUACUGUUGAUCAAGUCAUGCAUGGUUGGUUGCUAUGUUUAGAAAGAAUUAUUUAUUUUGGAAAGUGGGUAGGGAGGACAAGUUUAUUACAUUUAUUUUAUUUCUAAACAGGGUUUUGUUUGUUUAGCCUAUUUUAAUUUAUGUGAACCCUAAUGAGUAACUUAAACUUAAUGCUGAGUGUUUCUGUCAAAUGGAAGGCAGAUCACUUGGUGAGCUUAUUUGCGGGAGCAAUAAGCCCUAUUUAGACUACUGGUUGAGGUAACCUUAAACCUGUAGGGUCAGGAUUUGAUACCCCUGAUAGUACAAUAUUCCAAAAGUAGGCCCACUGACUACAAACAGCACUUAAAAACUAUUCCGUUUGAGUAAGAAUAUUAGACUUUGGCCCAUAAAUAGAAGGGCUUUAUAUUCAUGUUCUUAUUAUGACCACUGCACAUUUUAAUUUAGCCCCUUAAAACCAAGCAUUGAGAAGUAAGCUUAAGUGUUGACCUUUUCCUUUUUUUUUUUAACUUUGAAAAAUAAGCUUCAUUAUAACCCUUCACAUGAUAACAUUGUUCAUUGGAUUAAAUUUGAAUGUUGUUGACUGUACUGUACCAAGUGACUCUUUCCUGUUAAUACCAUCUGGACACUGAAGUUAGGAUGUAGCUCUGUGAACUGUUACAAGCUUUUUAACCCUUCAUGCCUAUCUGAGCCAGGGGCUAGGUUCUCCCACCAUUACUUUUGUUUAAAAGUACCUUAUUCCAUGCUCUACCCCUCUGAAAGGCUCACUUACAAAAUAGGGUCCUAUUUGUGCAGUGGAUUAGAGCAGGUCAAAUGAUGAAUGACUUGGGUAACUUGAAAAAAUGCAUUGGAAGUGUUUACACUACUGUCUAGAGUGAUAUGAUUUAAAAUGGUUGCUUCCAUGUGAGCAUAUUCAUUUUUGUUCAGGAAAGUGCACUGGUUUUAGUGGGGUUUUUUGCAUAUAACUUAGCGAACUUUUGCCCUGUAGCUUUUAAAGUUAUAUUAAAGCUGAUUAAGCCUUACAAAUGAGAGGUACAUUUUAGAUACAUGGUUUAUCACUGGUUUGUUGUGCAAACCAGCCUACAGGGAGAUCUCUGCAUGUCCAUGUUGGUUUGUCCUUUCUAAGAGUCCCAAGUAAGAAGCAUGACACCAGUAAGUGCAGUAAAUGUUAGGUUAAUGCUCCAUUUGGUAUGGUCACAUAUUCAAAUAUGUGCCAGUGAGAACAUCUACAUUGGGUUAUACAAAUAUACGCACCUGUGUCUAUUUAUCUGAUUGCACAUUCAAAUCUUUUCUUCACCGGGGGGCACAGGACUAAAGAACUUGAAUACUUAAGCCUUGUUGUAGUAAUUACUGGUGUAUGUGUUUAUAGUAUUGCAUGUUUGCACAGCACAUUUGUAUGAUUAAGAGAGAACCCAUGCAGUGGCUGGGUAAACACAGUGAAGUUUUGUAAGUGUCAUAGCCUGUGAUUUGUGUCUGGAAAGGUUCACACAACUAUUUCAAGUUUGUCAGUCUUACUGGGUGACACAUUCUGCCUUGCAGCUAUAUGUUUUUAAUCCACACACUUAGCUUAAAAUCCUACAAAAAAUGCACAAGCAUUGUGAUGUCAGACACUAGGGUAGUGCAAAACAGCUGUAUUUUGUCAUCUGCUUCUUGAAGGGUACCCCCACUAUGGAAUUUUUUCAGGUUGAAAUGUAUUUCUUAGGUGCUCAAGGGCAUUGUACUAUUCAAUUUCUAAUGUAGUUACACUUUUGUUUCUUUAUCUGAUGCAUUUUUACAAGCUCUAGAGUAUUGCACAUACUUAACUUCUAUGCUUGUGAUUAGAUUUUACUGGUAGUUUUGUCUACCUAACAUAAAGCACAAACCAGAGCCCAGGAAGAGUUGGCCUUAUUGCAUUCCAGAUACUGGCUGCUCCAAAAACUAAAAUAACCUCUGAGUAAAUUAACAUUUGCAUAGCACCAGAUACUCUCCAUUUUCUACCCUGGUUCAUAUAUAAUUAUUGUUGCAAAUAGUACCUGAGUAAUUUCCACACACGGAAUAAUUGACAUAACUGGCAUCUAUGGUAUGUGGUCCAUUCCUUCUCUUAUUUGCUCUAAGGAUACACUGCAGAGGAUUGUGACUGAAGGCCUGUCUCCCCUUCCAUCCCUCACUUACCUUCCCCUGUCCCAGCCCUCGCCUUAGCUUGCUGUCAGGAGUUACAAAAGGGGGCAGCACAGGGAUGCUUGGAGCAAACACAUGGCUUUGUUUGUAACAGGGGAAUCCUCCUUCAGGCUACUGUAACACAUUUAAUGGGACUUCUAUACCAGAGCAGGGGCCAAUAUCUCUCCCAAUGAGUGUGCAGUCUCUACUCCAAAUAGUAGAUCAGGAGUUUGUGGACUACUAUGUACUUGCAAAGAGCAGGCCUACGUCUCCGAAUACCCCAAAGACUAACUUGGGGGGUGGGGAGGGGGAGGAGGAGGAAGGUGGUGGCAGGACACCAGCCCCCCAGGCAUCAACUUAGUGGGGGCACCAGAAUGGCAACUCACCUUAGGAAGUCUGUGCCCCAGUAACAACAGGCGCGGUGGGACCAUGCUGCAGCCAGGGACUUCUUUGAGUCCCCAGAGCAGGAAAGACUCCCACCCCUGCCUUUCCUCUUUCCCCCAGUGCCGUUCUUCCAGCUUUUGGCAUGUGGUCCCCUUCAGUGCUCAGAACACAAACAUUUCAGAGUAAUGCCUCUGUAAACACCUGAUAGUUCAAAUGAAAGCGUGUGUAUUUAGAGGACCAUAGAGGCAGGUAGAUAUAUCUGCUACAUAUCUGCAAUCAUUUAAUAAUGGAAAAUGUUUCUGAGAGGGAUCUUUCCUACCAUACAGUGAGGUGUGCAUAGCAAAAUUUGCCCCUUUGCAGAUGGGAUCAGCACAAUGUCUGUGCACCAUUUGAAUACCACUAACGUACUCAAAAUAGGACUUAAGUGGCACACAGACCUUGGGCAGACUCUGUGCAAAAGGGCGGCUUUCACUGUGUAAGUCCUGCCAGGCCCUGGGAAAUAGUAUCUUACCUAUUUUUUAAUUUUUAUUUUAGUAAAGUCUUGUGUUUCCAGAAAGGUUGCAUGUACCCAAGGUUAUAAAAACUUAAUGCUCAUUUAAUACAGAUAAAUGGUUUCUGUUUUAUUUUAAAUUAACUAGUCUUACUUUUGCACUUUGGCUGGGGUUUAAGAUGUACAGUACAUAAUUAAACAUGGCAGAAAACAGAUCAUGCAACACUCCUCCUUUGUUGUCCCAUUAAACUGGCAUUUCCUACUGAUUUUGGAUAAAUUGGCAUCUUGGCUCCUAAUGCACUUUAUUUUCUUUUUGUACCUCCCCUUAUAUGCUGGAAACUGCUCUUCCAGUAACAGGGAAUAGAAUGUAGAGAAGACAAGCUACCCCUCAAGCAUAAAUUUGUUCUAGAGAAAAAACUCAACUGUAAUUCAGAAUGGUUUCUUCCCCCUUCUUCUGGAAGGGGGUCCAGAACAAUUAAAUCCCUAUGGCUUUGUUGUGUCGGAGGAGGAAAAUGCAAAGAAGACACAAGGUUGCAAUACAGCUCCUUCUUCCUAUAGUGUCCCACGUUUUAUGCCAUAGUGGGCCAAAGGUUUUUGGCAGGCAUGCCACAAAUUAGCCUUGGACCAUCCCCAAAUGAAACUCCUGAUCUGCUGAUUUUCUUUCUGCUCUCUGUUCUGUGUUCCCCGCUUGAUCUACUCUGCCUUCUGCUUCCUGUUUUAUCUGCCCCUGGCCUGCCUGUCUCCUCACUGAUCUGCCAUGUGCCACACAGAGAGGUGGUCUUUGCCACUUGUGGCAUAUGUGCUUCAGGUUGGCCAGCCCUGUUUUAUGCAGAGCAUUUGUGGAAUCAGGACCCCAGGGUCUCUGCUAACUGUUCUAGAGCUUGUAUGGCUGUGUAACUGCACUGAAACUAACAGCAGUAUAGCUGAACCCAUGAAAAAUUCCUGGUAGUGAAGUACCUGUAAAAGGCAACAUGACAACCAAUUGUACAACUCAACAAGAGAUUUAGCCUCAGAAUAUCAUAUGUCUAUCACUUUUCUACAGAAUGUGCAAGAUAUGGGUGGUCAGAUGACUUCCAGGAGCUCUGAAAGAAACUGUGGCUGUCUCUACACUGUUAUUGUGCUUGAUCUCUCUGAAUUGGGCUAGUACAUUGUAGCUCUACCGGUGCUAACAAUGAUAGGAGCACUGGGACAGACUAGCUGCCAACACUUUUGCCACCGUGCCAUCUAGAUAUGUGUGGAACAGGGGUGCACAAAGCUGUGAUAAAGGCCAGCACUGAGAGCGCUUGCCUCAGUGGCCAUGCGAUGCUAGAAGACUUUGAGGAGAUUCAGUUUAAAACACAGUCUGUGAGCAAUGCUUUUAUGGCUUUCCAAGCUCAAUAAUAAAAAAGUUUGAUAUUCUUGGUAAUAGCCAUUCAUGUUGGGAAAAUGGUUGCACUAAUGGCAAUACAUGGAGCCUCCUGUGAUGAAAAUAUCACUCUUGUGAUGAAACUAUAUCAAUUUGGCUUGUGAAAGUAAUACUUUUUUUUUACUUGGUGUUCCUUUAGAUUCGUUCUUAUGCGAGGCAUUUAUUUUCUCAUCUUCCAAUUCUCACUGACUUGAUCAAUAUUAGUAAUAUAUGCAAAAUUCUAUUCAUUUUAUUGUAAUGAUGGCUGCUAAAUGAGCUCUCUCUAUGCUGACAAUGGGCAAUUGUCCCAAAGGGAUUAGGAUGUUUUUGCCUAAUCUUUUAUACUCAUGCUCAAAGUUCACUACAGAGCAGCAUGAAGUAUCUAAAACAAAAAAUUGUUGUUCAGAUGUCAUUUGGAUCUUCAGUAAUGAAUUACAAAUUUUAUUCUUACUAGGUUAUUUGUCUGCUUGUUUUAAAAAGGCAGUUUUAUAUUCUCAAUGCCUGGUUUGCAAGAGCUAUAAUUUUGUAGAAAGAAUGUCCUUCCAUUCCUCAGGCCCGAGUUCCCAGCUACCCUCGUGGGUAGCUCCCUUGAUGCCCAUGCAGUUAUGCCUGCCAGAAUACACCCCCAAAUAUUUAUUUCAUGUUGUUGGGCAUACACUUUUACCAAGAAAAUUUAAUUGCAUUUCAAGCAAUAAUCCCUGCUUUCGUAGGGCCUAGAUUAAAGAGUUUUAUGCUCUGCUUAUACGUACAUAAGAAGGAGAAUAAAGCUCCCCUCCACGCCCCAAUCUCCCAUGUGAGUUCUAAUCCUAGAGGUCUGUUUAUUCUAUGAUGUAGAUGAUCAAAAAAGUACUAUUCAAUUCACAGGAGACUAGAACAAAGGUCAGCAACCUAUGGCCUGUGUCUCUGGCCUGUGGGGCCCUUGGAUCUGGCCUGUGGAGCUGUGGCUUCAGUAGCAUUUGGCAUCAGAGGGCUUCACCUGCAGUGUGCUACACUGCUCUGUGUCCAGUUGUCUGGGCAUCCAGGAAGCUUUCCCACAUUGCAUCACAGCUGGUUGGCAUGCAGAAGCUGUAGCAGUGGUGGGCAGGUCCUAGCACUGACUUGCUUCUGGACUGAACUGGGUCAUUCUGGCCCACCACUGGGAAACACUGUCGACCACUGGACUAGAGGAUUUAAAGGGUACACAUAUAAGCCAGGCACAGACAUUACACUGUUACAAGGAUAAGUGAUCAGAAACUUAUCUAUACCCUAACAGAACAGAAAUUCAGCACACAGAUUGGUUUAAAAAUGG